AUGGCAGUGGUCCUUUCAAUAAUGUUUGCGAUUCAGCUGGCUCUUUUCUCUGCAUCCCCCGCCCGCGUCGGUGAUCCUCGGUGUUGGGAAGGAUUUGAGGAUGAUCGAAGAAAGGCUUGUUGUUCGGAUGCCAUGGCUUUUCUGCAUCUGAACUGCGGGAAGCAACCCUUCGGUUUCGAGAGGUGCUGUUUCGACGUGGGGAACUCAGCCGAGUCUUGCACUCGCAGCCGGUCCCAGUUCGGCGAGGAACUUUCAGUCAUUCAGCUUCUCGGCUGGCAGAUGAAGAGAAAUGGGAUUUAUGUGGAGAUGGGUGCGCUGGACGGCGUCACCUACUCAAACACGCUCGCGCUGCAGACUUGCUUGGGGUGGACCGGGAUGUUGAUAGAAGGCAGUCCGCGCCAUUUUCAAAGGUUGUACCAGAAUUAUAAGGAUGUCGAGAGUGUGAUUAUCAGGUACGGGGCGGUGUGCGCACCUCCUCUGACGAACGCGACGUUCAGCAAAGGCAUGCGCGUACCUUCUAUCGAUGGAGACGUGACGUAUCUGCCCACAGGGCUUCGUAAACGAUUUUCCUAUCGCCGACAGCGAGUUGUUGUUCCUUGCCGCCCCAUGGAUUGGUAUCUUCAGCAACUCCCGAAAAAGCAUGUGGACUUCAUGUCCUUGGAUGUUGAAGGUGCUGAGCUGGAAGUUCUGCUCACCAUGGAUUUCACUGAAGUAUUGGUGGAAGUGUUCUUGAUCGAGUUACAUGACUGGGGCAGAUCCGAGCAAAUACAAAGCUGGAAAAUUAGGAAGCUGAUGGGUAACCUUGGCUACAAGGAAUGCAGGAACGUCGAUGUCUGGCCGAACGGACUGUUCGUCCUUCAAGACGGACCAUACUCAAGCAGAUGCUCGUAA